CCACAUUCUCUCUCCUCAUCCCAGGCAGGCAGACUCCCUCUCAGCAGCCAUGUCCUUCUCCAGAUCUAGCAUGUCCUACAGCAGCAGCGGCGGUGGAGGCGGAGGGGGCACCAUGUCCAUGAGGUCUGGAGGUGGAGGUGGAAUGGGUAUGGGCUCCUCCUGCUUCUCCUCGAUGGGUGGUGGUGGCGGUGGAGGAUGCCGCAUCACUGCCAUGAGGGGCGGCAGUGUGUAUGGAGGUGCAGGAGGCUCUGGGGUGCGCAUCUCUAGCUCCUCGUUUGGUUCCGGUGGAGGAGGUGGUGGUUAUGGUUUCGGCAUUGGAGGGGUUGGCGGCGGCGGUGGCAGUUAUGGUUUUGGCAUGGGUGGGGGUGGGGGCGGCAUGGGAGGGGUUGGCGGCGGCGGUGGCAGUUAUGGUUUUGGCAUGGGGGGAGGUGGGGGCGGCAUUGGAGGGGUUGGCGGCGGCGGUGGCAGUUAUGGUUUUGGCAUGGGUGGGGGUGGGGGUGGUGGUGGCGGCGGUGGAGCCGACCUCCAUGUGUCGGCCAAUGAGAAGGCCACAAUGCAGAACCUGAACGACCGCCUGUCCACCUACUUGGAGAAGGUGCGCUCGCUGGAGGCAGCCAACGCCGAGCUGGAGCUGAAGAUCCGUCAGUUCGUUGAGAACAAGACGUCCCCCAGCGCUCGCGACUACUCUGGCUUCUACGCUACUAUUGCCGACCUGCAGGAAAAGAUCCAGGCUGCCAACUGCUUGAACGGAAGCAUCUAUCUGAACAUCGACAACGUAAAGCUCGCUGCAGACGACUUCAGAAACAAGUAUGAGAACGAGCUGGCAAUGCGUCAGUCAGUGGAGGCGGACAUCGCCGGGCUGAAGAGGAUGCUGGACGAGAUGACCAUGGCCAGAUCUGACCUGGAGAUGCAGAUUGAGGGGCAGAAGGAGGAGCUCAUCUAUCUCAAGAAGAACCAUGAGGAGGAGCUGCUUGCCAUGAGGACGCAGAUGACUGGACAGAUCAAUGUGGAGGUGGACGCAGCACCACAGGAGGACCUGACCAGGGUCAUGGCUGAGAUCCGGGAGCAGUACGAGUCUGUUAAUGCCAAGAACCAGCGCGACCUGGAGUCCUGGUUCCAGACCAAGACAUUGACGUUGAACCAGGAGGUGGCGUCCAGCACAGAGGUUCUCCAGACCUCAAAGUCAGAGAUUUCGGAUAUCCGUCGCACACUGCUGGGCCUGGAAGCCGAACUGCAGUCACAGCUCAGCAUGAAAGGCUCCCUGGAGAACACGCUGGCGGAGACGGAGGGCCGUUACUCCAUGCAGCUGGGACGCCUCCAGAACCAAGUGACCAGUCUGGAGGAGCAGCUAGUGUCUCUCCGCAGCGACAUGGAACGUCAGGGCCAGGAGUACAAGAUGCUGCUGGAUAUCAAGACACGCCUGGAGAUGGAGAUCGCUGAGUACAGGAGGCUGCUGGAUGGAGAGGCUAGCGGCCUCGGCCUCAUCUCCUCGAAAUCUGGCCACAGCUCCUCCAGCUCCCACAUCAGCUCUUCUAGCUCCGGCCUCAACUCCGGCCUCAGCUCCUCCGGCUCUGGCCCCAGCUCCUCCACCAAAGGCAAUGUGGUGAUCAUCGAAGCGGAAAUAGUGGAUGGAAAUGUUGUCCCCUCAAGUGAAACCAAACUGGCUUGUUAAGGUCCCACACACACAGCGAGCACUGCUGCAAGCAGUGGGUUAACCCCAUAGAAAUAUAAUUACUAUAAUGGGUAUAGGAAAUGAGAGUGGAAUAUUGGAAUAUUACUGCUCCACAGUGCUUUGUUCAUGCAACCUAAAAUACAAAAUUUCAAUUUAUACAAAGUCUUCGUCAGAUGAAAAAUCCCUAUCCUCGUUAUCUGUGUAAUUUCUUUAGGCCAGUUCUGGUUUACUCUAGUUUAAGAUGUGCAUAACGUCCGUCUAUACUUUCUAGAAUGGCUAUAGCCCCUCAGACACCCAUCAUGGAAAAUUGACUUGAAUGGGGAUUUAUUUUCUGGUAAUUCUAUUUCUAUGGUUAACACCUCCAGAACAACAUAUUCUACUACAUCUGGAUGGA